AGCUUGGGAACCCCUUUCCUCACGUGAUGCGAACCCAACCCCGUAGCAGGAGCCAUUUUUGUGAGAGGUUUGAGUGAGACAGUGAUACAGAAAAAUGGGCACCAGAGUGUACAUAGGACGUCUAUCUUACAAUGCUAGAGAAAGAGAUGUGGAGAGGUUUUUUAAAGGAUAUGGAAGAAUACGAGAUGUAAUGCUGAAAAAUGGUUAUGGAUUUGUGGAAUUCGACGAUUACAGAGAUGCUGAUGAUGCAGUUUAUGAACUCAACGGAAAAGAUUUGUGUGGUGAAAGAGUGAUGCUUGAGCAUGCUAGAGGCGUCCCAAGAGGUGAGGAUUUGAGGCGUUCUCGAGACCGUGGCUAUCAAAUGCCUUCACGUCGCAGUAGAGGAAGUGGAGGCCGUGACAAUUCUUCGCAUGGUAACUCCCGGAACCAGUCUAACAGGUAUGGACCUCCAACAAGAACCGAGUACAGGUUGGUGGUGGAAAACCUGUCCUCGAGGGUCAGCUGGCAGGACCUUAAAGACUACAUGAGACAGGCUGGAGAAGUUACUUAUGCAGAUGCGCAUAAGCAGAGGAAAAAUGAAGGGGUUGUGGAGUUUGCUACCUAUUCAGACUUGAAGAAUGCUCUUGACAAACUUGAUGACACAGAUUUGAAUGGCAGGCGCAUAAAGCUUGUAGAAGAUAAGUCUAGGAGUAGUAGGAGGAGAAGUCAUUCUAACAGUAGGUCGAGGUCACGCUCACACAGUCGAAGCAGAAGCCGUUCCAAGUCCAGAUCCAGGUCCCGCUCCAGGUCGAGAUCCCCACGCAGUAAGAGCCGAAGCAAAAGCCGCAGCAGGUCCAGAUCCCCUCGUAGCCGUUCCCGCAGUGCCAGCCACGCUAAGUCGGCAUCCAGGAGUAAAUCAAAGUCGCCACCCCCUCAAGAAAAUGGUGAAAAAUCUCCUGCUGGGGAUGACUAAGGUCGUGAUCUAUCUGCGGCACAAAUCUUGGAACUCUUUGAAAAUAUACAAUUUGCACCUAUUCUUUUGACAACAAUGUCCAAUUUGGUGGCAAGAGGUGACUGAACAGAUUACACUAUUUUAUUUUGGGGGCAUUAGUACUUUUUUAUGUCGAGCGCCGAAUCUGGUGUUUAACAACUAUCUUCACGAAAAAUGUGUAUAUGACAUUCUCAAUAGUAUGCUAAUUCAAGAUUUGAGCAAUAACAGAGCUUUAAAUGUAAGAAUGGCUCAGAACUGAAGGAUUUUAUUUCUUUUAUUUGUUUGUAGAGAAAAUGAAGCCCUGUGUAAGUGGUUUUUGUUUUCGUUUUGUACAUUAUAUAUAGAUGACAGUCGAAGUUGAGGUGGGAGGUUAUGAUAAAAGUACAGCACGAUUAAAAAAAUAACUGUAAAAUGUUGUAAUUAUGUAGUAUCAUUGUAAUGAGAGUUAUAAUUUUGUCAAAAAUAAACGAUGUACUGAAAUGA